AUGCGCCGAGUCAAUCGCGCUAUGGAAGCUCUCUCCGAUGUGGUCGCCUUAGCGAAUGCGGCAAAUAAAGCAAGCGAAAAUGCCACCUUGGCAUCUGCGGAGAACGCUGCGCUGGAAAUUGGCGAGGAGGCUUCCUCACGUGUGGAAAUGGAGAGCGAGACUGUGCAGGAUUCAUUUACGCAGUAUAAAAAUGCGAGUCUGCGGAAGUCUAGGCUUGCUUCAGAUGACCAAACUCUGCCUCCGGAAGCUGAACCGAUCAAGUCAAAAGAGCUAAUGCUAUUACAGGUUGGAAUACGACGAUUUAUUGCUUGUCCUAUUUACUCCACUCAAACUUUGGGUGCACAUGAAAAAGCCAAAUUUGAACAGUUUUUUUCCGCCACGCAAGCAAGCGUCGUCGCAACGGUCUAUGCUCCUGUGAUGUACGCCCCUGCUAACGUGUUGCAGUUUCGAAUUCGCAUUAACGAAUCCGAAGAUGGUGAACUUUCUCAUCCCUAUCUAGGCGAGCUGGUCGCUACUGGCACACUGCACUCGGUGGACCCUUCACGUCUAAUAAUCAAGCGCAUCUUCCUGUCUGGCCAUCCGUAUAAAAUCCAACAACGGCACGUUGUGGUUCGCUUCAUGUUCUUCAAUCCAACAGACGUACAAUACUUUAAGGCCGUACCACUACAAACCAAGUCUGGGGCCUGUGGAUUCAUCAAGGAACCAGUCGGCACUCAUGGACACAUGAAAUGUGUUUUUGACAAACAGCUGCAAGCCUCAGAUGUUGUACUCUUACCGUUGUAUAAACGAAUAUUCCCCAAGUUUCUCUAUCAGCCAAUGGUUGUCAAAGUGUUUCAAGCAUCGCAUCAGCCGUUGUCACCUUUCACUUGCGAUGUUGCACCGGUCACCUUGCAGCUGAAAAAGAAACAGUCAUCAUCAUCAGCCGACAACCACGAUGUCAGUGAUGAAGCCAACGCUGACAUCCGUAUGGCUGAUACCCGUCACCUGUACUAA